AUGAAUUCUAAGCGGAGAAUGCUGUUUCUGAUUUUGGUUCUUUUAUCCCUGAUGACGGCCAAGCACUACUUCAGGAACUACGGCGUAGAAGAACCUCAGCUGUCAACCUGGUUUAAACCCAAGAAACGCUCGGACGUCACCACCACCACCGACUGGCUGGCCCCCAUCCUGUGGGAAGGCACGUUCAGCACACAGGCCCUGGAGAAGUUCUACAGGAAGCGGAACCUCACCGUGGGCCUGGCUGUCUUUGCUAGAGGCAGGUUUGCUGAUGAGUACCUGGAGCUGUUCUUGCAGUCGGCCAACAAGUACUUCAUGCCCGGCCACAGGGUGGUCUUCUACAUCAUGACCAACAACUACGUCAAGCGGCCCAGCAUGGAGCUCCGUCCACUCUGCACCUUCCAGUUGCUUCUGAUGGAGGAGGAGCAGUGGUGGUCGGACAUCGACCUCAUUCGCAUGAAGGUCCUGGGGGCGCACAUCGUGGCGCACAUCCUGGAGGAGGCCGACUUCCUCUUCAGCAUGACGGCCGACCUGAUCUUCCAGGACGACUUUGGGGUGGAGACGCUGGGCACCUCCGUGGCGCAGCUCCAUGCCUGGUGGUACUUCAGGAACACCCGGAAUUACCCUUACGAGAGGCGGCCUCAGUCCUCGGCCUACAUCCCUUUCGGACAGGGAGACUUCUUCUACAGCGGCUCCAUCAUUGGGGGCACACCCCAGAGAGUCCUGGACUUCAUCAGGGACUACAUGGAGGGCGUCAUCCACGACCUGAAAAUUGGGCUCAACAGCACCUUCGAAAGGCACCUCAACAAGUUCUUCUUCCUCCACAAGCCCACCAAGCUGCUGUCCCCCGAAUACGGCUGGGACCCCACGUUCAACGCCCCGCCCCAGGUCCACUACGUCAAGGUGGCGCUGCACCCCGAGAGGAGCUGA